AUGGCAGUUGAAGAAAGCUACGAGUCAAAAAUAAGUGAAUUACAAAGGCAAAUUAAAAAAUUGGAGGAGGAAGCUAGUCAAGUCCCUAUUCUUCAAAAUAACCUGCGUUAUCUGUAUGAAGAAAACAUGCUUCUUCAUCAAAAAGAGGAAAUUAAAGAGUCUCACCGAAUCCAGAAUGGAAUCCAUUCUGAUAGUACAGAUGAGGAAGUAGAAGAAAUUGUCGAAGAAGAGGUUCGUACGUACAAAAAGGCUCCUAAAGCUGACCCUGUUAUUAGUGAUAUGCCUAAUGCCAAACAUCUUAAUUUAGACACUAAAGUGAUUGACAAAAGCCAGUUCCCCCCGGAAUAUUGGUCUAGGUUGGAAUCCUAUUUCUACAGACAAUUCUUGUCCGAUCGACCUAUUACUCGUACUAUUAGUACACAACUAUCGGAAGCCACUAAGCGAACCACAGCUACUAUGGCAAGCCCACUUGCACCAUCUAAAUUUAGAUGUGUUGGUGUAAGUGUGUGCCCAUCUUCUCAAGAAGUUGGAGUUAACUGUUCUAAACCAGAAACACGUGAAUUCGGCUGUUUAUACUAUGAAACGGAAUCCGUCAUCAAAGAAUGGUUAGAUCGCACUUUCCCGAAUUUGGAAGAUAGAUAUAAAAAGAUUAUACUCAAAGUUAUACGGAAUUUUUAUCAGAACCGCGAAGAAUUUGUUAGUUUUCUACUAAGCAUCAUGAAGAAAUCAGUUUGUCAUGUGAGUUCUCAGGCCCAAAUCAUCACUCAAUCUCGUGGUUGUUCACCACUUGAAAACGAAACUAAAGAAAGUGUCUUGGAUGCUGGUCUUCUUAGUCACCCCCCUCAGCCAAAAGUUUCUCAGUAUGUACAAGCAAUACCUGUGUCAAACAGUCGGUGUACUAUGACAAAACGUUCUUCAGGAAUCAAUGUUGGAUGCCUUACAGAGUCUCCCGUUCUUCGCAGCCAAGGUACUCUACCCAAAAAAGAUUUAAGAAGUUUCACUACAUGUGGUGUUCAAGUCGAGGUUAAUUCGGAAAUGGUUCAUAGGGGUUCCGACCCCAUAUUUUCUGAGCUUCGACGUGUCGGCUCAUCAACACAAACACCAGAAUGGACGGUCAGUUCAGUUAAGCCUGAACAAAGUAAAUCUCCUACUGAGAAACAAAAUAAGAAAGAUAUUGUGGUAAAAUCCCAGAAGUUAACAGAGUAUUUCGAGAAAGUUGACCAAUUUUCUGGAAAUCAGGAGCUUAAUGACUCAAAUUCAUCUGUUUGUGUCACGCGACCAUCAAGAUGUGAUUCGCCGAAAUUAAGUGGAACUAUGAUUUCCCUAUCCAAAUGGCCCUCAUCUACGUCUAGUCAUUCUGAAAGUUACACUAUAUCAACUGAAAGACGUAUGGUUGAUGAAUUAUCACAGAGGUAUUUGUUGAUGGAUAAAAUUAAUAUAGAUGAAAUAAGUUCUGGUGGACAGGCAGCAUUUCAAGAAGCUAUGACGAAGAGUGUUGAUCUUGGAAGUACACAUGUUGUUAAAGAGUAUCAACCAACUGUUGAAAUCUUUCACCAUGUAGGUGAUGAAACUGAAGAAGUUGAUUCUUCUACCUUGCCCAAUGAGAUACUUUCUCCAUUUCGUGUAACCUCACCCUCUGGAAUACGGACAACACCUGAUAUUAUUCAUUCAAAGCCAGAUCCUAGAGUGCUUCACACUACCAGUUUAUCUGAUCCACUGAAUUCUUCUGCCUCUGUGCCCGCUGUAGUAAUACCGGUUAUCUAUGGACAAACUGCUAAAUUGCCUGAAUCAGUCCAAGACUUACCACAUUUGGAAGCUUACAAUCCGGUCUUGUUAGCUCAAAAGCCUACUGCUGUCUCGUGGAUACCUGUACGUAAUCAUCGGUUUGCUUUAUCAAAUGAAUUGAAAACUGCGUGUGAAUCAUUAAUUGGCUAUUAUCAAGCUGAAAAGACUGUUGGCAGAGAGGAAGAGAUGAAAGAAAAGUUUUUGACUGUAGUGAAAGUUUGGUUUGAACUUGCUGCAGCAUCAAAAACUGACCUACUCAGUAUUGAAGAUUUCAUUGCAAUUCUACAUGGUUAUUCACCAGCUCUACUACGUGACGUCAUUCAAUCUAUCGAUGAAAAUGACAGUACUUGCCUGCAUUAUUCAGUUGGUCAUGGUGCGUGGCAGGUGGUUAAUUUGAUUUUGGAUACAGGACACGCACAUCCAGAUCAUCUCAAUCGGUCUGGCUUUUCUCCGAUCAUGAUCGCUACUCUUACCAAUGUUUCUGAUCCUAUUGCUUUAAAAACAAUCAGUCGAUUGUUUAGUAUGGGUGAUACUAAUCUGCGUACGAAAACACCUGCCCGUCAAUCUCCACUAAUGUUAGCUGCAUUACAUGGUGCUGUUGAUAUCUGCUCGUUACUUAUUGCACAUGGAGCUGAUAUAAACGCCCAAGAUGCAUCUGGUAAUACUGCUUUAAUGUAUGCUAUUGAACAAGGCCAUAUCAAUGUCAUAAAAUGUCUGAUUGGCUAUGCGGAUCUAGACUUGACUUUAGUCGAUAAUAACGGAAAAAAUGCUCUCGAUGUGGCGAAAUCUAAAAAUGAUUCAGAAAUUUUGGAUUUCAUUCAAUCGAUUUAUCAAGCGUCUUCUUCCAAGGUGACUCUAGUGACCAGUGAAUUUUCACCUGGCGUCAGAACACGAACUGAAUGA